CUUCCUCAUCAGCAUCCUCCUUCCCUCCUCCUCUUCUCCUACUUUUCUCCGCCCCUAGCCCCCGCCCCCAAGCCUCCGCCCCUUAGCCCCCGCCCCCAGCUGCCAGUCCCCAGCAGCUCAGUCCUGCAGUGAGAGUCUUGGGAGUCCAUAGCUAAGCACCAGGAGCUGAGCACUGCCCGCUGUGCCUGCCUGAAAGUCUCAACAUGGCUCAGGAGAAAAUGGAGUUGGACUUUGCGCCUGACACAUCCGAUGGGAGAACCCUGAGGAGAUCCAGCAGCGCUCCCCUGAUCCGUGGGCUCAGUGACCUUUCACCGGAUUUUCAACCUUACACUUCUAAAACUCGGAGGAAUAGUGCAACGAUUAUGACCCAUCACAGCUUGGAAGGAGGCCUGGAUAUGAUUAGCCGAGAAACUGCACAUGAAAGGGAAGUGCAAAUGGCAAUGCAGAUAAGCCAAUCAUGGGAUGAGAGCUUGAGCCUGAGUGAUAGUGAUUUUGACAAGCCGGAGAAAUUAUAUUCUCCUAAGAGAAUUGAUUUUACUCCAGUUUCUCCAGCACCUUCACCGACCAGAGGAUUUGGAAAGAUGUUUGUGAGCAGCAGCGGGUUGCCAUCAAGUCCAGCUCCUAGUCCAAGACGAUUUUCAAGCAGGAGGAGUCAGAGUCCAGUCAAGUGCAUUAGGCCCAGUGCUCUUGGUCCUGUUAAAAGAAAAGGUGAAAUGGAGACAGAAAGCCAGCCUAAGAGACUCUUCCAGGGCACUACCAAUAUGCUAUCUCCGGAUACUGCACAGUUGCCUGAUCUCAAUUCAUGUUCAUAUAUUUUGGAUGGCAGUAGUAACAGUGGCUUAUCCUCAGACUCACUGGCUAAAGGCAGCACUACCGCAGUCUCCAGUAGCAUGCUCAAUUCAUGCUCUCCGUUCAUCUUGAUGGAUGAUCUCUCACCCAAGUGACUUAAACAUUUCUGAUUCAGCAUUUUAACUGCUGUUUCCUACAUAAAACAUUUAAUGAAGAACACAGAGAACUUUGAUCCAUAAUGAGGAUUAAAGUUGUACAGAUUUCAGCCAUUCUGAUGCUAUUAUAUUUUUGGCAUCUCUUUCUCUAACAUGCAAUUUCACGAGUGUAGUGACCUUACUAACGUCUGUUUUUGCAGAUUUUAUUUUGGAUUUAGUGACUAAAUCUCAAAUACUCAUUUUUGAUUGAUUUAGAGGAUUUUUUUUUUCUUAGCACCUCAAAGAGCACUAUUUUCGAGUCUAUACAUUUUAGGAAGGCACUGAUGUGUAUUUUCUAUAUUGUUUUUUUUCCUCCAGCAGUGAUAUGACAGAGUUGAUCAGAAAUACUCUUGCUUGAGAGAUUUUUUUUUGUUCUCUGCUAACUACCUAGUUUCAAGUCUCUUUAUUUCAUAAUAACAUACAAUUUGCUUUUGAUUAUGUUAAAUUUUUAUUUUUCUGCCACAGCUUGAAAUACAUUAUUUUGUUUGCCUUUCCUGUUUGAGCUGCUUACGCCAUUUCUCACAGAGGGGAAGAAACAUGUAGUUGCUUUCAUUACUACCCCUAUUGCUUCUUUGCUGUUGGAGUGUGUGAAGUGAGGAUUGAUUUUAGUGCUGAUAAUGUAAAUGGACUUACGGGAUGCCUGGAUUAGUCACUACAGGUUCUUAUGACUUUGCUACCACAAUUGAUAUUAUUCUCCCCAAACCUGUUACCCUAAGGAAUAUAUAAACUAUUGUUGAUAUUCCUAGGUGGUGUUUUCAAGGAGAAGAAAUUCCUGCCUUGACCAGAUGUGUGGAACAUCUUCAAAUGAAUGAAUAAUGCUAUUUACACGCAAACCACUGUGCACAAAAGCAUCCAUGGAGCUGUCAGUGUCUCGGGUGGUAUUAUGAGGCCUUAGGUGCCUUGGGGUACAUUGUCUGCUGUAAGGGAUGUAUAUCAUAAGGUGGGGUCGAAGAGGGGCCUUUAUGUGUGUGAUUGUCACAUACUGUUUCGGUUGCUGCUUUUUUUCUGGUUCCUUUUUGUCAUUGAAUUUGUUUUGUCGUGUGGUGAUUGGUGUUUUGGUUAUUGUGUUGCCACCAGAAUCGGAAUCCAGUUCUUGUUCAUAUAGCCUUAUAGUAAAGGCAGUUUAAUAUCUAUGAGAAAGCUUUUAGGAGCUGAAAAAGUCACUGUUAUUGUGCAUUCUGCUUUUAAGAAGCUGUUUGAGCUAUGAACAGUGUACGUGCUGUAAGUGUGAGGUGCCAUAAGUUAUUUAAUUUUUAAAAGAGGAAACUCUUGAGUGAGCUAUUUAAGAAAUUUAAGUGUAAUUUAUUCUUAUGUUAUUUAUUAUUUAUAACUAUGUAAAAUGUCGUGAUAGAUUUCUUUUAUCGUUUAGACAUUGUGGUUGGAUUGUCUAUAUUUAAUAUGCAGAUUUGCCUGCUAGGAUGAUGAUAUUCCAUUUUUAAACGAAUGUAAGAAAUGAAAACAACUGCAUUUGUGUCUUUUGAAGGCAAAGAUCCUUGGAUUUUAAAGGAAGAUGAUGUGCUUUGAAGGCACUCACAGGCUAGUAAUAGCAUAUGGCUUGGAGGGAAACCCAUUCUCUUUCAAUUACAAGAGAGCAUCACUUAGCUUGCAGUAGUUGUGUUACAGCAUCAGUUGUGUCCUUUAUUUUACAUUGUAAUCAUGACAGCCAUUUAUGGCUUUAUUUCUGGUAUUGCUCUCACCUGUGCAAAGCCCAUAAUCCUUCAAACUUAACAUAAAUUUAUCUAUUAUGAAGCUUGUCCCCUACUAUGCCAUUAUAAAGAAAAAAAUUUUUGAUGGUAUUCAGCAUAUCUAUUCUGUUUGUAAAAGAUCCAUGUGAAAAUAGUUCUGCCUCUAUAAUGAUAAUAGAUGGUUUUAUAUUUAUCCAUCUUCACUCUUCUGUCUUCUUUGCCUUAAGGGGACACUUUUGUCCAUCAUCUUUGGGCUCUGGUUUAGGAUUGUUAAGAAAUAACUUUGAAAUGUGAUGUUGACGUUUAAAUUUAUUUUUGAAAUUCAGUGGUGGGGGUAGAACUGGGUCUGAAAAUUGAAAUUAUUCUGAUGGUGUGAGAACUAGGAGGCAAGAUGAUUCACUUUAUUAUUUAAACUAAGGUUCAUUUUUAGUUUUUGUUGUUUAAAUGGACUAGAAAGUUAAGUUUGUGCAGGGAUUGUUUUGAAAUAAAUAAAAGAGAUAUGCUAACCCACAGAUGAGCUUUGUUGACAGUACCCCCUUUAUUUUUAUAUAAAGUCUAAUAUUUGAAAAGUGAUCAUUGUUAUAAAGUAAGAUUCUCUCUUCCUAUUCUAAUAUUAUAUAUUUCAGGCUUCUAUUUGAAAUCAAGAAUAAGAGUUGCUAUGAUAAAAUCCUAGAUGCUGUUUUUGCUUGAUUGACUUAUAUAAUCACUGUGUUUCAUGAUAACUGCUUUUGGAAUAAUAGGAAGUUUUGUGAAAUGCUGGCCUUGUGUAUAUCUUAGAAUACAAAUUUAAUAAAGUGUGCAUACAUGCAUAAAACUUA